AGGAAAAAGGAACUUCUACUCCCUGUGCCUGGACAGAGCAGUGAGAGAAAGAGAGAGUUCUAGUGCUUCAUAGUAGAAGAGGGAUGUCUAUGUUUCUUUUUGCUUCUCUCAGGGUGUCUGAGCUCUGAAACUCUGUGGAUGUGGACACGCUACUUGUUUAUGCCCCUCAGCCGGGCAAAUAUGCCUCAGCCGCCUGUCUUGGUUACAGUCUGUCUGCUGGGCUGCUUAUUUACAGGCGGUGCUUUGGACAUCACAGACGUGACGCUGAUAAAUCCAGAUCCCAUAAUGUCUUCAGCAGAUGCGUCUCUUCUGUGUGUGAGCAGCGACUGGGCGUCCUCCGGUUCAUCCUCGCUCGCUCUAGACCAUGAGUUUCCUCUGCCUCAACAACACCUAGUCUCCACAGCAGAGAGUACAUACCGGUCUGCAACCAGAGCAUCCUGGAAGAUACGCAGUGGCAUAUUUGGGGCUUUCUAUUGUGAGAUUAAAAACUCAAACAGCGGCAAGGUGUACACGUACAAAAUGCUAAACGAAGCAUCAUUUCUUCCUGAGGCACUGACAGUGACAGCCAGCAUCGGGGAUAACGUGACCAUCUCGUACACGAGGAAAAAAGUGGCUGAAGAAGACACGAUCAUCUAUAAGGAGGUGUUGCAAUCCUUUAAGAAUGCCGGUAACAAAGACUCGGCUUUCGCUCACUCCGUACCCAAAGGGGACAUCAUGGAUUCUGUUCCCUACCUCAUCAGUGACGUGAAGAGUUCACACGCAGGACUGUACACCAUUCGCUACAUGUCAGAAGGCCCGUCCACCUCCGCCAUCACUCAUCUCAUCGUCAGGAGCUGCCAAGCAGGCAGAUGGGGUUCUGACUGCACUAAGCUCUGCCCAGCGUGCACUAACGGAGGAGUGUGUGAUGAUAAAACAGGAGAGUGCAUCUGUCCCCCUGGGUUCAAGGGUCCCACCUGUGAGACAGUGUGUGGUGAAGGCCGUUUUGGGAAGACGUGUAAGGAGCGCUGUAUGGAUGGAAAGUGUCGCUCUCUGGUGUUCUGCCUCAGAGACCCGUACGGCUGCUCGUGCGCCUCAGGGUGGAGAGGUCUGAACUGCAGCGAGACGUGUGCACCCGGAUACUACGGCGCUGGCUGUAAACUGAAGUGUGUGUGUGACAAGGGAGGUGUGUGUAACCGCUUCAGAGGGUGUGUGUGUGCUGGAAGGCAUGGUGCUCGAUGUGAGAAAGAAGACGAAGCUCCAGACAUCGUAAGCAGUCUGAAAGACACAGAGCUGAACUCCGGAGCACCGUACACCGUGAACUGCUCCGUCAACGGCAAGCCGGCACCUUUACAUGGAGAAAUCAUCCUGCUCAGACCAGACAAGAACAUCGUAUACGCCGUGGACACGGUGACGGUGGAUAACCAGAGUACGUCCAUGUUCAGGGUGGACGGGAUCACGAGGGCUGAUGAUGGGCGCUGGGUGUGUCAGGUGAAGACCACCGGUGUUCAGGUGGAGAAAGGCUUCAGAGUCAGAGUGAAAGUUCCUCCGCAGCCCAAGUACCCACCUUCCCUGAACAGCAGUGGGCCGUACCAUCUCCUAGUGCAGGUCAAUAAGGAUCAGUACACUGGGGAUGGACCGAUCACCUCAGUAAAUCUGACCUACAAGCAGGCCAAUGCAUCCACCUGGGAGACGGUUGAAGUGACUGGUUCUCAGGUGAAAUUGGAGAAUCUUUACCCCAUGACUCAGUACAUUGCAUUUGUGCAGUUAAGUCGGGAAGGACCUGGAGGGAGUGGAUAUCCAGGACCUCAGGCGAUCUUCUACACACAGAAGCUUGAUCUGCCCCUGCCUACAGGGCUGAAACUAACCCCGCUGAAUCAGACCUCCCUGAUCCUUUCCUGGGAUUCUGCCCCUGUCACGGAUCUGGCUAAAGACGACUGGUGUUAUAACGUGGUGUGUGAAGAGGCGGGCAGCGUAAACACCGCACAGCCCUUCAGCCUGCCUCUAAACUCCACCGGCCUUCAGCUACACCGACUGAAACCCAGACACAUGUACAAGUGCAGGGUCAGUCUGAGCAGCAGGGCAGCAGACCAGAUCUGCCCCACGGUCAUCGCCUGGACCCUUAGCGAUGAACUUCCCCCUGCUCCGUCCGAUGUCUCCGCCUCCAACAUCACCGACUCCUCAGCCGUCCUCGGCUGGUCCGUCGCCGAGGGCCACUCCAUCUCCAAGGUGAUCAUUCGCUACCAGGAGGCAGAGGAGGCGGCGUACAGCCAGCGGGUGGAUCUGGGGGUGCAGCCUUUCCAGAAUAACAUGCACUUCAUGCUGAGGGGUUUAAGGGCUGACACUGAGUACCUGCUGAAUCUCUGGACUAUUAACAACAUGGGAGAGAGCAAGAAGAAGGAGCAAGUCUCUCUGAGGACACUAACGCUUCAGGAGAGCUCGCGCCUGUACGGCUUCAGAUCUGAUGGAAACAUGCUGUUUUAUGCCAUUCUGGGUUCUGCUGGAAUGACUUGCCUCACCAUCCUGCUGGCCUUCUGCAUCGUGCUGCAGCUUAAGAGAGCCAACUUCCAGAGACGCAUGAGAGAGGAACCCGUGGUCCAGUUUAGCUCGGGGUCUUUAAACACUCAGAAGAAAGUGACGAGCUCGACGCAGGCCGUGUCGUAUCCCAUGCUGGAGUGGAGCGACAUCAAGUUCCAGGAUGUGAUCGGAGAGGGAAACUUCGGCCAGGUGCUUAAAGCUCGCAUCAAGAAGGACGGCCUGAGGAUGGACGCCGCUAUCAAGAGGAUGAAAGAAUACGCUUCUAAAGAUGAUCACAGAGACUUUGCGGGUGAGCUGGAGGUGUUGUGUAAACUGGGUCAUCACCCCAACAUCAUUAACCUGCUAGGAGCCUGCGAGCACCGAGGUUAUUUGUACCUGGCUAUCGAGUUCGCGCCUCACGGCAACCUGCUGGAUUUCCUGAGAAAAAGUCGAGUGCUGGAAACAGACCCGGCCUUCGCUAUCGCUAACAGCACGGCCUCCACACUGUCCUCUCAGCAGCUCCUACACUUUGCUGCCGACGUGGCUCGAGGCAUGGACUACCUGAGCCAGAAACAGUUCAUCCACAGAGAUUUAGCGGCCAGAAACAUCCUGGUGGGUGAAAACUUUGUGGCAAAAAUUGCCGAUUUCGGGCUUUCGCGAGGACAAGAGGUGUACGUGAAGAAGACCAUGGGCCGAUUACCCGUGCGAUGGAUGGCCAUAGAAUCUCUGAACUACAGUGUUUACACAACCAACAGUGAUGUGUGGUCAUAUGGAGUGCUUCUCUGGGAGGUGGUGAGUUUAGGCGGGACGCCGUACUGUGGCAUGACCUGUGCUGAGCUUUAUGAGAAACUGCCUCAGGGUUAUCGCCUGGAGAAGCCUCUCAACUGUGACGACGAAGUCUAUGAGCUGAUGAGGCAGUGCUGGAGAGAGAAGCCUUACGAGAGACCGUCGUUCGCUCAGAUCCUGGUGUCGCUAAACCGCAUGCUGGAGGAGAGAAAGACAUACGUGAACACGACGCUGUAUGAGAAAUUCACCUACGCCGGAAUCGACUGCUCUGCCGAAGAAGCCGGCUGAUAUCUCGUCUCCCCGUGCGGCCGCUUUGCUGUUUGCUCGGACGUGUAUCGUUAAUUUUAUAUACGAUCCUGUGAUCAGGAUUCAAGGACUAGAAACAUUACUAAUGUGAUUACUUCCCCAAGUAUCGCAUCAUACAGCUGUGUAUUCUCAUGUGUGUGUGUUGUCCUGAUGCCGAGCGAGCGAAUGUGAUGUUCUGCAGUCUGAAAACUGCCCAAACUGUAGAUGUGUGUUCACAAUCCUAAGCUGGACGUGGCAGCCAUUUUGAAUGCGAUGGUUGCUGUAUACUGGGCAUUGUGUAAACAUUUUGGAGAACUUUCAAUAGCUUUUAAUGGACCAAUAAACUUCUUGUUGUGAAA